AGCAGAUCUGCUUUACGCACAGCAGAGCGCGGUGCUCUCGGUCACUCCGCACGGAAACGGACACAUUCACACGCCUGACCGAUGGCGCAGGAACACGGCGAGCUACUCGGCAUCUAAGCGCGACAGAAGGAGCACCAUGAGCCUGGAGGAACCGCGCGCUCUGCCAUGCUGAGCAUCCCCGCCGCGCUGCUGCUGCUGCUGCUGCUGGCGCUGUCCGCUCCCGCGCGCUGCUCCCACGGCUGGAGCGACGAGGAUCUGCUGCUGCCGCCCAUCAACUCCUCUGGCAGGUUCUUGGCCAGCCUGGAGGUGGAUGUGGGAUACUCGAAGAGGUCGGUGGAGGAGCCCGAAGCUUCCUCGCAGUGCAAUGUGAGCGUGGAGAGGCUGCCGACCAAACUCGUGGCGCGCUGGGACAGCAACUUCGGCUUCCAGUGCGACGUGCUCCUGUACACCACCAACAACCACGGAAAGGCGUUUUUUUCCGCCGCCUUCAACCGGGCGAUCUCACCGGUGUACAUCGAGCACCUGGGCGUCACGGGCGGCCAGCAGGAGUUCAGGCUGUGCGUCGGAUGCGGGCUGUCCAGAUACCGGAGGUUCAGACGCGGCCGGUCAGAGGGGCCGCAGACCGGAGACUCGGUGCAUUUCUGCUGCGUGGAUUUCGCGCUGGACGAGCUGAAAGGGGACCGGAGCUGGAGGCUCAACCGCAAACCCAUCGAGUCCACGCUGGUGGCCUGUUUCAUGACUUUGGUCAUCAUCAUAUGGAGCGUCGCUGCCCUCAUAUGGCCGGUGCCCAUAAUCGCGGGAUUUCUGCCUAACGGAAUGGAGCAGAGAAGGCCGAGGUAAUGGAGCAGCUGAACUCAUGGGAACACUUUACAAUAACAGUACAUACAUAAUGAUGUCUUAAUAGCUAAACUAAACGUUAUUAUGAACGAAUGAUGAGUUAAGGCAUGCGCUAUAAGAACAAAGUGAGUCACAUGAAUAAUGGUUCAUGUGUGAAUAAUGGUUCCUACAUUAAUGUCGGCAUUAAAUUUAAAUCUGCUCUUCUUAUUUUUAUAUUUUAAGGUUUAUAGCCUAGUAGUGUUAGUCUGUGCCCUUCAUUAUUUUGUAAAAAUUAAUUUGAAUGUUUUAUCAAAUACCAUAACCCCCCCUCCAAACAACUUUUCUUCACGUCUGGUCACACGGAAUGCAUUUAGGGCGAGGUCAUCUCUGUCUUUUAGGGGUGUGACUAUCAGAGCGUGUCUCAUUUCUGCUCUGAGUUGAUUCAUGAAUUCAGAAAUGAAUCUUUCUUCAUUUUGUUAGCAAUGCCAAUCUUUCAACAAUCCAGUGGAUGAAAUCAUGCACCGCCUUAUCUUAUCUUCCUUUUCAUGGCCACUUUAAAUACUCUUCAUGUUUGUUAAUUAAAGUAGCUGUUUUAGUUUAAGCUACAUUUAACUCGCUCUGUGAGAAAGAAUAUUAAAGAAAAGUGCAAUUUGACCGGGUGGCGCAGUGGGUAGCGCUUCACAGCAUGAAGGUCGCUGGUUCGAGCCUCGGCUGGGUCAGUUGGCAUUUCUGUGUGGAGUUUGCAUGUUCCCCCUGUGUUUGCGUGGGGGUUUCCUCCAGGUGCUCUGGUUUCCCCAACAAGUCCAAAGACAUGCGUUAUAGGGGAAUUGGGUGAGAUAAAUUGUCCAUAGUGUAUGUGUGUGAAUGAGUGUGUAUGGGUGUUUCCCAGUGAUGGGUUGCAGCUGGAAGGGCAUCCACUGUGUAAAACAUAUACUGGAUAAGUUCAUUUCGCUGUGGCGACCCCAGAUUAGUAAAGGGACUAAGCUGAAAAGAAAAUGAAUGAAUGAAUACAACUUGACCAACUCAUGACCUGUUAAUGUAUCAUUAUGUCAUGACUUUACUUGACGGGGCUCAUUAUUAUGAAGUAAUUCUUAACAACUCAUGAACAGUGCUCAAACAUAAUAGCCAUCAAGUGCAUGUUGAG